GCGGCGCCCCGUCGUAGUCACGUUGGUUAAGUUGGGUCCGUUGUUGAUCGAUCUGUCGACGUCAACGUCGACCUAUCUGCAAAGCGUCUGCUGCUGCAGCAGACAACCCCAGCCAGACAACCAUCUGUGUCCAGCUUUCGUUUAUUUUGCAAAGUCCAGCCUCAGCAAGUUUUGGAGUUUAUGACAGAGAGUGCUGAACUUCCUGAAAAUGACAGGCAAGCUUCUGGGACCAGGCUCUGGUUCAAAGCAAAAACCAUCUUCUGAUGCACAAAGCAGUGAUGACGAUGAAAGAACAAUGCCUGAGGAAAAACUGUUGUUGAAUGAUCCCAAAAAUUUGCAUGUUUUCUCUGCACACAGUUUACAAUCAAAGGGAUGGUCUGGGUGGUAUAAAUGCCAUCAACGACUCCCAAACUGGAUGCCUCAGCGCUUUGUAAUUUGUGUACUCGCUCACUUUGGAUUUAUAUUCUUGUACAUCAUGCGAAGCAACAUGAGUUUGGCAAUUGUAAGAAUGACAACGCCUUACUCACUUCUGGAAACGGAUCACCUAAUUAGUCAAGUUGACUAUGAUUGGUCAAUGAAAGAACAAGGAAUUAUUUUGGGCUCAUUUUUCUUUGGAUACAUACUGACACAAAUACCAGGAGGCUACCUGGCUGUUAGAUAUGGAGGCCGUAUGGUGUUUGGACUCGGUGUUGGUUUUGCAGCAAUUUCUUCACUUCUGACCCCACUCUUUGGGCACUACCUUGGAUUCUAUGGCUUUGUGUUGGCAAGAGCUCUAUGUGGGAUAUGUGAGGGAGUGACAUACCCUGCAAUUCAUGCAAUGUGGAGUCAUUGGGCGCCACCAAAAGAACGCACAACUCUUGUAAGUGGCGCAUUUGCUGGUGCUUACUUGGGUGCGGCAAUUUCUUUCACUGCAAGUAGUCGUGAUGCGUCAUGGGAAUGGCUAUUUCUGUCCGCUGGUCUCUACAGCUUUAUAUGGACUCUUCUCUGGUUUACGUGGGGUAAUGAAUACCCAGAAAUUGAUGAGGUAAUCUCAGAAUAUGAAUUAAAUUACCUAACUGAGACGGUUGGAGCUCAGCAAUAUACUCAGAACCCAUCCAUACCAUGGAUGAAAAUAUUGCUGUCAUAUAGAGUCUGGGCUAUAUGUGUGUGCCACUUUGCAGCAAAUUGGGGUUUUUACACAAUUCUAACAGAGCUUCCUACUUUCAUGAGACAUGCUCUACACUUUCACGAAGGUUCAUUGGGUAAUAUUGCAGCCCUUCCUUUCCUAGGCAUGGGAAUCACUGCUGCUUUUGGAGGAUAUCUCGUUGAUAACACUCUAUUACGUUGUCUAAAUGUAACCUAUACACGUAAGGUGACAAUUGCACUCACAUUCUUGGCGCAAAUGAUGUUCUUUUUCUAUGCGGGGAAAGCCACAGAAGGAUAUGAAUUUAUGAUAUGCAUUUGCGGUGCUUUGUUCUUUGGAGGAUUAUCCUGGGCUGGUUUUGGUGCCAAUCACCUUGAUAUUGCCCCAGACUAUGCAAGCAUUUUACUUGGUAUUACAAAUACAGCUGGGACCAUACCAGGUAUCAUAAGCCCCAUUGUUACUGGUUAUCUUGUUGAAAAUAAGGAGGAACUUGCUUCUUGGUCUCCCGUUUUUCUUCUUUCGGGAUAUGUGUAUCUUGUAGCAGGAAUUUACUAUAUUGUAUUUGGCACGGGUGAGCGCCAAGACUGGGCAGAUGCCAAUGAGGCUGUAAAAUUAAAUUCUGAGAGGAAACAAUCAAAAAUUAAUGAUGUUGAGUCAGCAUCAGAUUAAAUUUACAUUUUUUUCUCAGCUGUGGUAAAACAUUCUGCAUUAUUGUUGCAAAUCUUUCAAAACUUGAUCUGAUCACAGCUGCUUUGCAUAGUACAAACUAAAAUGUUAAACUUCCAAAUUGGUUGUGAAGGGUGUUGUCCUACAAUAGUGUACCUUAUUUCCUAGUCAAAGUAUUUUUGUUUUAAAAAAAUGUAUUCUUGCAAUACUUUUUCUUUUAAUGUGCAAUAUGUUUUGUCAAGUAUAUAUUUUAUUUUGAAUUAAUUUUGUGAGUGAGAUCUGUACUUUACCAAACAAUGAAUAAUAUGCUUGCAUGCUUUGCAUUUCGUUCUUGCUGUAGUAAAGGCAUUUUUUGAUCACUCGAUCUUAUCCAUUAUAAUUGAAAGUAUUUUCAAUCUCUGUAAAGUGUGUAGAUUAUUUUUUGUGAUGUGGGUGUUUGUGGAUGUGUGUGUAUGUUUUGUCAUUGUAAUUACCGGUAAGAAUUGACUGGCAAAUGGAGCAGAAUGUUCCUCUUUGGAAAGAGACGGACUGAUUAAAACAGUAUUUAAAUGUGAAAUUUUGAGAGUAAAGUGACAUGCAAGUUUAAGUUACCUAAUGAAUUCUAUAAUUUUUCUAUUCUAUAUUUUUUAAGGAUAAGUCCUAUAAACUAUGCUUCUGUACUUUAAGAACUUACAAGGGAGCAGAUUGUAAUGUUUGCUGUGUGCAUAAACUUUUACUUAGACAACUGUACUGGUUUGCAUUUAACUGUUUAUUUUGUUAUUCCUUAUUUCUAAUUUGUAACAUAUUUAUGAACAGAUUCUCUGGAAAAUACCUGUUCUUCAAGAACUGCAAGGGAGCAGAUUGUGAUGUUUUACUGUGUUUGUAAAUUUUACUUAAGUGGUGGUACAGUUUUCCAUUUAACUGUGUAUUUUGUUUUUUCUGAUUUCUGACAUAUUCUUUGUAAGAGAAAUUUUAAGGACUGAGAUUUCAUUGAAUACAUUAGCAUAUCUCAAUGAAGCGGUAGUAAAGAAGGGUUAAAUGUGUUCUUUUAUUUCCUUUUACUCGGGACGUUUCUAGCAAUCAAAGCGUACUGUGCUAAAGAGUAGUUUUUUGAAAAAUGUAAUCAUUUUCUCUAGAACCAGGAAGAGUGUCAUAGGCUCUUGAAGUUAUUAUGUAACUCUUUGCUGGUUGGUUUGAUUGGCGUAAAUGUCAGAUAGCAUUCAGUGGGGCAGAAAUUUUACCCCUAUGGUUUCACCCAUUAAGUGUAAAUGCACAACUGAACAUGUUUGUGAAGUUCUUCAUGAAGUACUACAUCAACUAAAAGUAUCUUUAUAUCAGAGCAUCAUAGGCUCUUGAAGUUAUUGUGUUGCUCUUGAUGUACUGAUGAACCUGUAGUUUGUUGUUAUACUUAUUUUAAUAUUGUCUUUCUUAUCUCUUUUUGUUGAAUGUUUCGCGAAAUUUAGAAGUUAUUUUUCCUUCGAUGUUUACAAUAUAGUUCUCCUCUACAAAUUUCAAGCAUGGAAAAACUUUGCAUUUAUUAAAGGCUUAUAGAUCCAGUCAA